AUGGAGAAACCGGGACCGGGACCGGGAGGUUUUUUUGGUGAUAUGGAAGUGUUGUUUCUACAAAAGGACAUACGGAUAGAGCAGAGUGAGUUCUGUUUUGAGUACAAGGAGAAUGCUCACCAUCAAUUUAUGCUUAUAUCUUCACUAAACGAUCACUCUAUUUUGAUCCCUUCAAAGGCACUUGCUGCCUUCUUGGAUGUUUUGGAAGGCUUUUGUUCUGAUUUUGAAAACAACCAACAGAAUAAGAAAAUUAGCAAACCAAAACAACUUAAGAUCGAUGACAAAGUGGAGUUUCGCUUUAUGGUUGGACAGAACAAAUGGGGCCAGUUUCUAAAGGUAAAGUAA